UCGAGUAGAGAGAACUCGUAUUUACAUUCAACCUUAAGAAUCUUUUUAACAUUUUAAAUAUAUAUUAUUAAAAAAUAUUUAGAUUUUUUUAUUAUAAGUGAGUUCAAAAUGUUGGGUAAAUUGGAAGUGGACAAAAUCUUUAAAAGAAAAUGUGGGAAUACAUGUCAAACUUCUACACAGUCGAACAAAAAACGUCAAAAGAUAUAUCAUCAGCAUGAUGAUCAUUCUAAUGCCAAAAAAAUAAUAAUAAUUGACUUUCUUAAUGAUGAUUGCCUGAGUGAAAUAUUUAUGUAUGUUCCAGUAUGUGAAAGACCAAAAAUUGCACAAGUAUGCAAAAACUGGAAUAGAGUUGUUCGUUCUCAUUGUUUUAAAGUAAAGAAACUUGAACUAUCUCAUUGGGAAUAUGAUUGUCCUCAAAACUCUUUAGAGCAAUUCAAAACAAAUGAGAAUAAAUCAAGUUUCUUAAGAUCACUUUUUGAUAAAUGUUGCAGUUAUUUAACAGAAUUAGACUUGGUAGCUUAUGAUAAUUCCAACAUAGUGCCUAUUGUUAAUGAAUCUUGUCCAAACCUAGUGAAACUUCGACUAAGAUUGAGACAUCCUUUUGAUAAUAAAGAUUUUAAAAAUGCAUUUUCACGUUAA